AUGGACCUGGCUCGUCCGCUCACGGACGGUGCCGAGGUUGCGCUCCUCACUACCAAGGAUGAGGACGCCCUGGAGGUCCUCCGGCACUCGGCCGCGCACCUGAUGGCCGACGCCAUCUGCCGCGUGUUCCCGAAGGGCCCAGCUCACCAUCGGGCCGGCCAUCGAGGAUGGCUCUACUACGACAUCCACCUGCCGGACGGGAAGAUCACCCCCGAGGAUUUCCCCGGGCCCAUCGGGGCGGAGAUGUUGAAGGUCGCGAAGGCCGCCCAUCCCUUCGCCGCAAGGGAGCUGAGCAAGGAUCCCGAGGCGCUCAACGCCUACAUGGGGUCGGGUCAGGGCGAGAACGUGUUCAAGCACGAGAUCGUCGAUGGCAUCAAGGAGCGGGGCGAGGACCUGUCCUUCUACCAGCACGGCGACUUCGUCGAUGUCUGUAGCGGCCCCCACGUUCCGAAAACCCGCUUCCUCGAGAACGUCAAGCCCCACCAGCGUGUCCGGCUCGUACUGGCGCGCCGAUCCAGCCCGGCACCAUCCUCUUCAACAAGCUGGCCGACACCAUGCGGAAGCUCCUGCGCAAGGGGGGCUUUCCCGGAGGUGAAGGCGCCGCUGGUGCUGUCGGAGACCCUCUGGCACACCUCGGGCCACUACGCCAACUACAUGGAGAACAUGUUCUUCACCAAGCAGAAGGUGCGGGACGCCCGGUGA